GAACACUCAUCAAUACACGUGCGACAUGAUGCCCCAUCCCUACCCUCCGUCUUGUCCUAUCGCUCAUUCCGCCCACUGGGCCACUCAGCCCAUCCUUGAUCCUCCGCGUCCCUUGUCGUUUGCGCCAUCAUGGCUGGUAGCUUCGAAGGCCAAUGCAUCAGACUCGAAGUCAUCAGCGGAAAAAACCUUUGUGUCCUUUCCGAGCGUAUACCUGCAGGCAUCUACGUGUCCAUUAAACUCGACCAGACGAGACUCUGGGAAUCAGCCAUUCGAGUCCCAUCAUCCAACAGUUCUGUAGCGUGGGGCGAUACCGUGAACCUACCAUCACAUGUGUCACCUCAAGCAUCGGUUGAGAUCAGGGCAUCCUUGGAGCUCAGUCGGAUGCUAGGCAAUGGAGAACUUAUUGGAAAACUUGAAAUAUCCUGGGGUGAACUGCUCGGUCACGGAGAUGAGCCUUUCGAACUGUCCUUCCCACUUGUUCGCGGUGUCCGCCCAUCUGUCACAAUGAAGGCCGCUGCUGUGAAUGGUUGCGGAAACAACGACGGUGAACUGUUGAACGUGAGUGACUCCAGCCUUUGCACUGUCAACUCCUACUGA